CUCAACGCUACGCCCAGUGGCGUCAGUAUGUACUCCGACUCCAACGCACCAGGACUCCACCACUCCAUGAGUCAGCAAUCGGUCAGCAAUCAGCCAAUGGGAAGUCAGCAUUCUUACAACCAGCCAAUCAGCGCAGACCAGAUUGGUUCGCCCAAAGGGGGGGUGCUGUAUCUCACCACACCGCAGGCGUCACUGGUGAUGAGCACGCACUCAGAAGUCAGUGAACACCCGGACGACUUGUGCGACGGGCCCACUGGUCUCAAGGCUGGACUGAGCAACACCUACAAGACGCACUCCCGGAGCAAUUCAGGGACCAAUUCCAUCAACAGUCAAAGCGAUGUGUACGGAGGGUUGGCCUCACCACAACACAUCAGUUGCCAUAGCAACAGCAAUGCACGCCACAGCAACAGCAGUGCACACCACGACAGCGGCAGUGCACACCACGACAGCGGCAGCUCCUCCCGUCAGGUGAGCAGUGCCUGUGGCGUUGCACGUGCACCUGGCCUGUGCUUCUAA